UGAAGGCUGUGGCACGAGCCGCAUGCCAACAUCGCGCCUGACCUCGUACGACCCUAUUAAUACAAGAUACAUCGACAACAGGACACAGUAUCAUUGAUAAUCCCAAUCAUGAAGAUCCUCUGUUCACUUGUGCUGUUCACGGUCGUUAUCAGAAAUGUGCUGCCUGCUCCGGCUGCUGGAUUUGUGUUUCCGGAUGAUACGAGACGACAAAAGAAAUUGGAGCCUAUUACACCACCAGUACUUCCUAUUUUGGAGCAUUUAGAAAGGGAUCCGAGUACAUUAUUACCAAAUGAAAGGACACGAUCGGCGUCCAGUGGCGUCCAGCCGAAAUUUGGAUUUGGCGGCGGCUUCAAUGUAGGUCCUUCACAAAAUGGGGGACUUUCUGCAAGCAUAAGCAGUAGUGCCGGUGGACCUAUUGCAAGUCAUUCGGCUUCCCAUUCGUUCUCGUUCGGCUUCAAUGAAGGAUUCGGUGCGUCUCAAUCAGCGAGUCAGUCGUCAUCAUUCGGAUUUGGAAGCUUCAGUGGGAGUCAGGCUAGUAGUCAAGCGGCAUCGUUCCAAGGUCCAGGCGGCUCGGUAUCAGGGGCUGCAUCGUCAGCCUCAUCUGUAGCUGGAGGUUUCAACUCAGGAUCUGGUAGUCAAAGUGCAUCAUCGGCAUUCGGGUUUAACUCGCUUGGUGGAUUUGGACAGCCGGAUGAUACGAAUUUCAACGACGCUGUACUUGACAUCAGACAUCGAGGGGUCCCCAAUUUCCCAAUUCCGGAAAUAUUCAGAAAGGCCGGUGGCGUUGGUGCAGCCUCUUUCAGAAAAGUGGGACCCACAACGAGGAAUGGAAACGAUUUUAUAUCGGUUUUCGUGGCCAAUUAGAAAGCAAUGAAUGUGUUGUUUAUGUUGACUCAGCAGAAAUACUCAACGUAGAAAAUGAAAACUGUUUAUAAUAUACAUUUCUGAUAAAUGUAUUUAUUCGCAGUAUCAUAAUGUAAUAUAAAUAAUUAUAUGCCCAAACAUGACAAAGAAAUUUAUAACAGAACUAGUGAAGUCAUUCAUUGGUACCAUGUAUAAAAAAAAUAUGAAUUUAAUUUGCCGUGCAUAGAUUUACUUUUACAAUACAUUUUCUUCGCUGUUGAAGUUUCAAGCGGGAUUUUUCAUCUAUUAUAACAUGUCUUCGCGGAGGUUUUACAGAACUACUUGUAUUAUUGUUUACUUUUUUAUUUUUCUAAAAUGACUCUAUAUAGUAGCAUUGUAUCACUGUGAUUUACUAAUGAACAUAUAAGUACGUUGAGGUAACGUAAUUAUAUGGUCAACUUACUCUUAAAUAUAAAAAAAUUUAGGUAGUGAAGUGAUUAAUAAAAACAUAUUCCGCUAAACUUCAAAAAGGACGAAUUAAUUGAUCGCAAUAGAAAGAGUUUGUUGACUAGUCUCAUAAUAUUAUUAUUUAAUGUUAGUUUUUUACAGUACUUUCAUACAUGUGUAUUUUCAAACUAUUAGGAAUCUAUUCGUAUUUCUUAAUUUAUUCAUUAUGCUAUUUAUAUGUAACUGAAUUUAAUUAUUAUUUACAACUAAAAAUAUAAAAUUGCCUCGGGAUAUGUGGAUAAAGUGGACUUAGCCUCUCAAGUGAGCCAUUGGUGAAUUGCCUAUAGGUUUUAGACAUAAGAUUACAAAAAUCUGUAUUAUAUUAUAUAGUUUUUUUAGUUUAAUCUAAUUAUGAUAUCUGUCUGAACCGACCUCAAUAAUAUAAAA